UCUGCCAGUGGUGCCAGAUCAGUCGCGUCUCGGCUAUUCGCACAGUAAAUUGUGUUCGAAUCACAGUUCGAGCAGUGGAUGCCGGAGGUGGUAUUAAAAGAAAAGAGAAAGAUAGUGGAUUUUGUUCGUGUACAAGGGAUACAGAAGAAAAUACGAGGAAGAUUUAAUAUACUAUACAGUGCAGAGGUAUAGCCCGGUUUUCUCACGCCACGACGCGCGCGCCGGCCGAACGAUUGCUUUGUCUCCGUAUAUACGAGAAAUUUGAGUGGUAGGAUUAAAAAUGUCAGACGAUAAUUCAUCGCCUGUUGUGGAGGAGCAAAAGAAGAAGCGAGGUAGGCCAUCGAAAGGGGAAAAAAAUGCUGUCAAAGAACCCAAAAAAAGAGGGAGACCCACUUUAGAGAAAAACAAUGCAUUACGAGCUGCAAAGUCUGACAAUGAAGACGAUGGAUCACCUGUACCUGUAAAAAAGGGUAGGGGUCGGCCAAAGGGCUCUCACAAAAAGAAGCAAGGAGUUCCCAAAGGAACUUCUUCUGGACGCGGUCGUGGUAGACCAAAAAAGAAAGAAGAAAAACCAGAAAGUACUGGUGAAGAAGAGGAUGAACAAGAGGAGGAGGAGGAGGAAGAGGAAGAGAAUUAAAUAUAAAGAAAUAAUUUCAAUGUAUCACACUGAUUCUUUGAAACAUUUUAAAAAAACUGAUAAAUUUAAAGUUUUUAUUUUCGCUUUUUAUAUCAUAAUCUGCAGAUUGAAAUAGUAAAGCGGUAAUAUUAUUUUUAAAACUGCUCAAGUUGGAAGGACAUUAUUAAAACAAAAAAAAAAGCGUAAUUUGUAACGACUAUAUCUGUGAAAAAUGGAUGAAAUGCACAUAAAACUUGCAUUAAGAAUAUGUAAUACGCUCCUUUCUAGUAUUUACUUCGUUUUUUAUAAUUAUUAUUAUUAUUAUAAUUAUUAUUAUGUUUUAAGUAUCAAUACGAAAUGUAUAAAUAUUUUAAUGAAAGAACUUUGAAAAUUCAGAUCUCUUAUACUGAUUAUAUGAAUAAGAAGGCAAAUUUUUUUUAAGAUA